CUCUAUGUUUCACACCUUCUUAACUGGUGUGAUCCUCCCAACUUCUUGGCUGCUGCGUAGUCAUCUUACGUAUUUGUGGAUUCCACCAGUAAAUAAUGAAGAACGCGAAGCCUUCGCCGAGACGGCUGCUGAAAUUUCGACUUUUCUGGACGUAGUCGAAGGUUGGAUCCCUUUCGACGUUUGGUUUAAACCUCUGCAUCUAGACAAUGUGUACCAAUUAGCUGGGAUCCAGGAGAGCUUUAGUUCUCUAGACCAGCUACGGGAAAUUCUAGAAGCGAAAACGGAAAACGUCAACUACGUACCGAAGCAGUACUUGACAAGCAGCCUCUUCGAGCAGUCUCUUGUUAUGGAAUGUAGUAGGAGUUGGAUUUUUUUCUGAAGAUGAUCACACACGUAGUGGUGCAUUGAUUACCUAGAACGAGUAGGGCGUUCUCCGUCUACUAGAUUAGAGUGCUCAAAGGGUGCCUAUAAUCCCAUAUGAGAAGAGAUACGCACAUACACGAAGAAGCACUUCCAUGCACGAUAAAGAGUAUCUUCAUGCUUUUUCGUCCGAAGUCCCCAAAUAACAUCCAGAUAGUGGUCCUCUGAUGAAGAACUGCCUCUAAUCUUUGCCUCGUCGAAAUGGAACUGACUGAGCAGCUCACAUCGAUGUUCGCGACCCACCUUGACUGCUCUGCGAGUGUGAAGAAUCUGCAGAGUAGGGAUUUAAUAAGUUCAGCAGGACCCCCAGCAGGAUCAUCGUCCAUCAUACGGCGUGGAGGUACAGCAGGAUCACCCAUUAUACAUGGUACGUCAAUUCUGACUACCGCGCAGCAGCAGCAGACUUGCAUCGAGAAAAAGGAUGCUAUCUUGGCUGACACGAAGAUUUUAGUUGCGAAGAACUUGGAGUCCUUGCUCGAAACGGAGAUGUACCUGGUGAGACAUCAAACGCACGCUGAGAGGACGCGCCUGACUUCGACUACUGCUAUGCUAGAAGCACUACGAAAGCAAGGUGGCGACUUAUCCAUCAACUUGACCACCGCAAGGGUGCGUAAAGUGACGAAAUCAGUGCUACAGCGCGAAUUGACGAGAAUUUUCCGGAAUCACCGGAUUUUUUCUGUUGCGGUCGAAACCGAGAAAUGUGGCGCGAUUUACCACAGGAGUUCAGCAAUGCUGAAGAUUGUGAAUGCACAGAACAGCUUGCUGCAGUCCUUUGACGGAACGAGUAGUUCAUCGAGUAGUGGCAUCACUUCAACAAGUUCAACAUCGGGUAAAAAUAAGAGUGGAAGUGGAGGUAGACGCGCAUCUGCUGUACAGGGACGUGGAAAGCGUGGCACUGUGACUCGUACACUUUCGAAAAAGCAAGUUCGAGCUUACAAACAACAUGUUGUGUUAAGGCUUACUCUGAUUCAUCUUAAGAAGCAUCUUGGACGAAGGGUUAGUUUUCUAAGGGAAAACGGCUACCAAGAUGCUGCUGAGGAUGAAUUUCGGCAAGAUCUAAUUAUAGAGAAGGAGAAAUGGACCUCCUCGAAACGUAAGUCUUGGUCUUCUCCGAAAAAAAAGCAACGUGUAGAGGCUGUGUAUGAAGGGAUGGCGCAGGCAAUCGAGUGCCGUCACCUAGACCAUGCGGGUGUGGCCAAUAAGAAUCGGGAAAUGGAAUUUGCAGAAACUUUUGCCCUCGCCGAGCAUGACAAAAGAGCUGCUACUCCUGUUGUUACUGUCUCUGCUCUCCCCUACCUAACCCUCUCCCUGGACAAGAACUAUGCUCCGCUUCCUUACAGGCCUCAUGCCACCGUUGCCUAUGAGAAUCGCUGGGUGCCGUUGCCCCUUCUAGUGCAGAAAGCAGCGGAACAUCUCAAGCGAGUUGAGGAUUCUUAUCGGCGUCGCCGCAAGGAACAGCUCGCUGCUUUGCUUAAAGCGCGAGCACAACAAGUAGCUUCUGAGACGGCUAUGUUAGCCCUUUUUGACGGUGGUGCAGCUGCUGCCACAACUACAACAACGAGAAGAAAGCAUCCUUCGACUGCUGCUAAGAUAAAAGAGCAACAACUUCUUAAAAAAGUGCUUUUGGAGAGCAGGAGUCAACACGUGGAUCCCCAAACUUUUUCAACAUCCGUACAACGCGAAGAACAACUUUUCAAUGUGGAACGCGUCAUCAUUUGCCCAGAAAAUUCUCUAUCCGUUUUCACUGCGAACGACGUCGUUUCCCGACUGAUUUUUUAUUAUGACUUUCUUAUUGUACUAGAUUUUUUUGGGAUCGAUUUGUCCCCAGUGUUUGUUACAACAACCAACUGUUAGAGAAGUGUGCUGAGCCUCCAAGAGUUAUUUUUGACUUUGACAUACGACCUGAUCUCAAGUCGUCCAGCUGUUUCGUUCUUCCGAUUCGGAUUCCUCUAAUUUCCCAUGCGUGAAUACACAAGAUACGCUCUUGAGUCCGAGUCUCAGCCGGCGAGAAUAUCCAGUGGCUCCACGACCGCUACUCAGCACUACCUGAAUGCGGAAGAAUUGGAACUAGGACGUCUGUGGAAUCGGCAUUCCAUCAAAGCCUUCGCCUAUUUUCACAUCAAGUGGGGUACAUGCAAAGCAGCCAAGCGCUUAGCUGAGGUGCUUCGAAAUUAUGACUUGUUCCUUGUUUGGUUUAUAUCUAUUCCCAUUCGGUCUUGUAUGUAUGUUGCAAAUAAACACCACGGCUGAUUCAAUCAUUGUAGUACUAGCUACAAGUACAAGAGGUCCGAACGAAGCAUGUUGAUACUAGGGGUAUCUAUCCAGCAAACGCAAAGGUUGUAGCAGAUAGGAAUAGGGUGGAUUCAACUUCCUUAUUCCUAUCUGCUACUUGACUCAGUCCCAUUGAAGAUGAUCUGCACAUGACGCACACCACGGUCCGCUGAUACACCUAGGACUUCUCUUCAGGAUCUUGUGCCAUCUCUAACCCUCCCUUUAUUUCGAGAUGCAGUUUCGGGAUCGCUGCAAAGCAUUCCGUAUCGAACAAGACGAACUCCUUGGGCAACACCAUGAUGCGGACAGUAGUACACCAAUUAUGGCUACCUCUGUUGCUCUUUUAGUGUUUCCUCUACUUUUACUGAUGUGGUCUAUGAAGUAGAAAAAGACUACAUAGAAGUAGAUCAAGAAGGAUUAACAGGACUUCAAUUGUUUAACUUUUACUACUGUGGUCGUCCUGAAGUAGAGACAAAUUAUCUCUUGAUCAAAAAGACUGCAUAGAAGUUGGAGGGAAUUAUACGCCUUCUUCAAUAUAAUACACCUUCACCUUUCAGGGAAGGUGUAUUAUAUUGAAGGGAAGUCACAUUCAGGGAAGUCGUAGGACACUUCCGAACCGACUAACAUCAUCAUCAAUACACCUUCACCUUUAAUGUCCCGUGUUUCAGAUUGUUCCACACGACUCGUACUCGUGUUUCGUUCCUCUAAUAAGAACCUGAUGCCUUCUGCUGAACCUGAAGGUGCUUCUCCUCCUCCGAUUUCAGCUUCAAGCCAGCAGGUUUACCGCUUCCGUUAUCGUCCGCAUAACAUCUGCCGUUUACCGCAAUUUGAUGAAAACGUAAGGGCCGAGCGCGAUCGCCUCGAUGCGAGCAUGAUUACGCGUGCUGUUGCAGAUGCCGCUGAGCGAGAGAGAGCUAGAACGCAUGCCAAAACUCAGAAGUACCUGGCGGAAACUCGCGAUGAAGAUCCAGGUACUCUUAAUGCACCUGCUCCUCCUACUCCUACCCAGGACGACGACGAAGAAGAUGACCCGACCCAAGAAGAGAUAACUUUAGAGCAAGUGACGCAGAGUUUCGAUGCUUAUGACGAGUUUUUCGAGCGCACUUUUUUCACGGAGGACACGACCUUUGAAGUCACUGCCGCGACGAUUGAACCUGCCCAUGGAACUACGUCGCUGACAACGAGGGUUGAGCCAAUGCCAACAACAAGGGUCGAGCAAGCGGCAACUCACUUUAAGGCUAAAAGUAAAGACAAGGGACGUGCUGACAACUUUUGAUGAUCAUCAACAGAAAACGUUGAAACUUACAGCAGUUGAAAAAUCAGAUAUAGAACAUGUGCUUCUUCACACCCCGUACAAAAGAACAAGUAUGUUUCUGCGUCUGAAUGAUAUUAUUGUGAGGAAUAUAUGAGCUUGCUGGUCGUCGUGCUAGAGAAUCGUACGACCAUGAGAAUAAAGAGUACAAGAAUGAAUAGCUCUAAACCGACUGGCUCAUGCGCUGCGGGAGGUGCGGACCGCGUAGUGUGAGCAAGAGCAUGUCGCCAUUUGCACUUCGAUGCUUCUUGUGAUAUAAAUUUACAGUUAUAGUCAAAGCUGAAGGUAUGAUUGAAAGAAAGAUUCCAGCGACCUUAAUAUUGCCUUGUCGUUUCACUAACACUAUACAUAGUUUUCUUGUUUCAUAUGAUCUCAUGUCUAUCAUUCAAUCUAAGUACUUACUUAAGCACGACUUGUACGUUGAGAUGUAAAGACGUACUAGCUGGUAGUUUUUAAUGAAUUGUCGAAAUGCGGUCGAUUUACCUGAACUAAGAAAGAAGAUGUUUCAAAAAUAAUGUAUGGUAUCCUGUAUAUGCUGAACGUGGAUGUUAUAAAUUGAAUCCUUAAUUAUGAUAUGGACCCUUUGAAACCGACGGGACGAGGUUGAUGUAGAAAAUAUUUUUAGUAGAAGAUAAAGAUAUUGGGCAACAUGGUGUCUCAUAAAUGUAAUCCUCAAGAAUGAUGUACUGCUUGUCUUCACGACCAUGUCAAAAAUCGCCCCAAGUGCUUGAAUCCAUUGUCCACAGUAUUUUGAUUUCCUUGUUUCGUUUGUUUGAGGAUGGAUAAUGAUAUCGAUUAGGGUUGUUCUGUUAUCCUUCCGGAGGAGGGGGCUACCUCAU